AUGCCUUCUCCAUUGGGUGACGUACCCAAGGCUGCGUCCCUCCUGGACUUCCACCGCGUCAUGUCGCCCACUGCCGGCAUUCGCGUUUCUCCUCUUUGCUUGGGAACGAUGAAUUUUGGCGAUGCGUGGGAGGGCAUGAUGGGGAAGUGUGAUAAGAAGACCGUGUUUGAGAUUCUUGAUUUCUUCCACAAGCAAGGUGGAAACUUCAUUGAUACCGCAAACAACUACCAAAACGAGGAGUCUGAGACCUGGAUCGGCGAGUGGAUGAAAGAGCGAGGCGUACGACACGAAAUGGUCAUAGCCACCAAGUUUACCACCUACUUCCCUGACCCAAACAACUCUCCCCGACAACGUAUCAACUACGCUGGUAACAGCACGAAGUCGCUCCGCGUCUCGCUUGAGGCAUCCCUCAAGAAGCUCCAGACUGAUUACAUCGACCUGCUGUACGUGCACUGGUGGGACUUCACGACAUCUAUCCCUGAGUUGAUGCAAUCGCUUAACGCCGUCGUCAACUCUGGAAAUGUUCUAUACCUCGGAAUCAGCGACACGCCUGCCUGGGUUGUCAGCAAAGCGAAUGAAUAUGCCCGCAACCACGGCCUCCGUGGCUUCAGUGUCUACCAAGGCCGCUGGUCCGCAGCCGAUCGUGACUUCGAGCGUGAGAUCAUCCCGAUGGCACGCGAAGAAGGCAUGGCUCUGUGCCCGUGGGGUGCCCUUGGUGGCGGCAACUUCACCACCGAAGAGAAGCGCAAGAACAACGAGCAAGGUCGUAACACUGGCCCAGCUUCCGAGAAGCACAUCGAAAUCUCCAAGAAGCUCGAAGCCAUCGCCGACCAAAAGAAGACACAGGUCACCAGCAUCGCCCUGGCCUAUGUACGCCACAAGUACCCCUUCGUGUACCCAAUCGUUGGCGGCCGCAAGAUCGACCAUCUUAACGGUAACAUCGAGGCGUUGGCAAUCGAGUUGAGCGAGGAAGAGAUUGAUGACAUUGAUUCCGCUGUUCCUUUCGAGAUUGGCUUCCCAAUGAACUUCCUGUUCGAGUUUAUUGGUAACAAGUACAAGAACAACAUGACCAGUUCCGACGUUGGUCUCCUGGCGUAUGCUGGACCUCUGGAGAGCGUACCAAUACUGCAAGGCCCUAAGCCACACCCGCUUCAAGGAUACGGAGGCAACUAA